AUGGAGGGCAUGUUGCAGGGUGGGCCUGCACUCUCGGAUAGGGCAAGAAGCCUUCACAGUAAUAUGACUGCCAGGGGCUCUAGCGCUCUUUUUACUCAGAUUGAAUUGAAGGAUAUAAUGAACAUCUCAUCGCUCACCGAUCUCAUGUCGAUAGUCCAAGAGCUUUUAGAUAAAAACCUUUUGAAGCUUAUCAAGCAAAAUAAUGAGCUUAAGUUCCAAGCCGUUGACUUCGCGGAAGCUCAGAAAAAGGCUGCCAUGACGGCUGAUGAAGCACUCGUCUACUCUUAUAUUGAAGCCAGUGGAAGAGAGGGUAUAUGGACCAAAACGAUAAAAGCUAGAACGAAUUUGCACACGCACGUCGUUCUCAAAUGCUUGAAGUCUCUAGAGUCCCAGCGUUAUGUCAAGAGCGUCAAGAGCGUGAAAUUUCCAACGCGUAAAAUAUACAUGCUCUACAAUUUGCAGCCUUCGAUCGAAGUAACUGGGGGGCCAUGGUUUACGGAUAGUGAACUGGACGUCGAGUUCAUCAACAGCUUGCUAACAAUUGUAUGGCGGUUUGUUGCAGAACGAACAUAUCCUAACGGUUUUAAUAAUUUUACAGGUGGGAAAGAAGUCUUGUAUGCAUCGCACGUCAACAAUUAUGCUUCUACAGACGACAUCCUCGAAUUCAUAAUCAGCGCAAAAGUGGCAAAUGUAGAGCUCUCUACCGCCGACAUACGAUCAUUGUGUCAAGUACUAGUCUACGAUGACAAGCUCGAAAAGAUUUCAUUUGAUUGUUAUCGAAUCUCGUUAAUAAGCAUUCUCGAGAUGACACAGCCUGAAGGGCAGUCAGCUAAAGAUGCCGAAGAAACCUUCUCUCUUUUCAAAUGCCGCAAUGCUAUCGCACCUUCUUCGAAUGAUAAUGAAGCCAUUUACUUAGAUGAGUGGACGCUGUGA